ACCCAAAUCCACCAUAGUCACCACCACACAUCACCACCGCCUCCUUUAACCACAUUAACACCAACACUAUUUUCUUUCUCAUCUCACUACAAAACCCACUGCAAUUAGUCCUACAACUCUACAAGAACCAUCAAUUAGCCUGACCGGUGAAACCUCCUAACUACAGAACCGCAUUUGGUAGAGAAUGUGCAGAGCUGAGUAUUUGUGCAGGAAAUAAGAGAGAGUAAAGGGCAAACACUUCUUGCUGGAAACUGAUGUGAAGGACCUACAUUGAAGCUUGAUAAUACUGGAAAAACAAUAUUUUUGGUAAGUAGCAUUUCUUUAUGUCAGUUAUAUCGUAACUUUUGAGAAGUCAAGGAAAACUAACCAUUAUCUAUGUCUUUGGUCUGUAAAAUCAUUUACUUGGUCGCUUGGUCGCUUAAGUGAGAGCCGAAUUGGCCAUAAUUGAGUCUUUGUUCUACUGAGGCCACAUUAAGGACAUGUUGAUUCUGCAAGUCAUCUUCUUGCGAGCGGCAGAAAGCAUGGCGCCAAGCAGAUAUAAAUUCAUGCAAGUUAAUGAGUGAUAUUGUGUUUCCAAGUGAGACAAUAUUUAAAGAGGGCGUACUGUGUACCCGAGAGAUCAAUUGGUUAAAUCUUCAAUGGAGACUUGACCAGGAGCUUAUGACAUUUGCUGUUUCAAGUGAAUUCCAUUAAUCUUCUUUCACUUGUAAAUAAGUCUUGCCACUAGCUGACUGAAUAAUGAAUGAAGCGAGUGAAGAUAUGAAACCAGAAAAAGAGAUCUCAUCAGCAAUACCAGUCCCAGGGACAACAGAUAAGAAAAAUGAAGCAGUUAGUAGCAAUACAGUCCCAUAUUACAAGCUUUUCUCCUUUGCUGACUCCACUGACCGUGUGCUUAUGGUCGUUGGAGCAAUUACCGCCAUUGGAAGUGGAAUCGCCAUGCCUCUCCAAACAUUGAUAUUCGGGGAGCUCAUCGACACAUUUGGAGGAAAUCAAGAUAACGACGUCAUUGUUCAUCGAAUCUCCAAGGUGUCCCUUAAAUAUGUCUACUUGGCUCUGGGGACUGGUGCAGCAGCGUUCUUCCAUGUGGUUUGCUGGAUGGUGAGUGGGGAGAGGCAGGCUGCACGAAUCAGAAGUUUAUACUUAAAAACAAUAUUGAGGCAAGAGGUGGGAUAUUUUGAUAAGGAGAGCAAGAGUGGAGACAUCGUGGAACGUAUGUCUGGUGAUACCGUCAUUAUUCAGGACGCUAUGGGAGAGAAGGUUGGAAAGUUCAUACAACUGACUUCGACAUUUUUCGGAGGAUUCGCUAUUGCUUUUUCACAAGGGUGGCUUCUUUCACUUGUGCUAUUAUCUGCAAUUCCUCCACUUGUGAUAUCAGCCGCCUUCAUGACUUUCUUAAUGGCAAAGGUAAUGUCCAGGGGACAGGCGGCUUAUUCUGCUGGAGCAGCUGUAGUUGAACAGACAAUUAGCUCGAUUAGAACCGUUGCAUCAUUCACGGGAGAGAAACAAGCUAUUGCGAAUUAUGACAAGUCUCUUGCAAAAGCGUACAAGGCGGGGGUCCAAGAGGGUCUCGUAUCUGGACUUGGUGGUGGCAUAUUUAUGUUUUGCGUAUUCAGUUGCUACUCAUUGACCAUAUGGUUUGGUGGAAAAUUGAUUAUAGAAAAAGGAUACACUGGAGGACAGGUCAUAAACGUAAUGUUAGCUGUCAUGCUAAGCUCCUUUUCCUUAGGGCAGGCUUCACCAUGCUUGAGUGCAUUUGCCUCCGGACGAGUUGCGGCUUUUAAACUAUUCAAGGUAAUAGAUAGGAAGUCAGAAAUAGAUCCUUAUGACACGAGAGGUCAGAAACCCGACGACAUUCGUGGGGAUAUUGAACUAAGGGAGAUUACUUUUAGCUAUCCAGCUAGACCAAACGAGAAGAUAUUUAACGGGUUUAAUCUUGUGAUACCGAGCGGAACAACCAUGGCUUUAGUAGGUGAGAGUGGGAGUGGGAAAUCAACCGUGAUUAGCCUCAUAGAGAGGUUUUACGACCCCCAAACAGGUGAAGUUUUUGUCGACGAUAUCAAUAUCCAAGAUUACCAACUGAAGUGGCUUAGAGGCAAGAUAGGUCUUGUCAGCCAAGAACCUGUUUUGUUCAAUUCCACUAUUAGAGAUAAUAUCGCUUACGGGAAGGAUGGUGCAACACUUGACGAGAUCAAAUCCGCUGUAGAGCUCGCCAAUGCUGCCAAAUUCAUUGAAAAAUUCCCUCAGGGCCUAGAUACGAUGGUUGGCGAUCAUGGAAGUCAUAUGUCCGGAGGACAGAAGCAGAGAAUUGCAAUAGCAAGGGCGAUCUUGAAAAACCCGAGGAUAUUACUACUUGAUGAAGCUACAAGUGCUCUUGAUGCAGAAUCAGAGCGGGUUGUUCAAGAGGCACUUGAUAGAAUCAUGCUUAACCGAACUACUAUAAUUGUAGCCCAUCGCUUGACAACCAUAAAGAAUUCUGAUGCAAUCGCCGUUAUUCACCAUGGCAAGAUUGUAGAGAAAGGUUCACAUUAUGAGUUAUUACAUGAUCCCGAAGGUGCAUAUUGCCAGCUUAUACGAUUACAAGAGCUCAACGAAAACUCAGAAAGACAACAAGGUGGUAAUCAGGAUAUGGAGAUUACUGAGGGCGUUUCUAUCCUAAGUCAAGAUUCAUCACCGUCUUUUAUUAUUAAUCGAAGUAGUCACCAUAUCAAUGGUGAUGAACUUAAACAAGAAGAUUCUUGCACGGCUUCAAAUGUCUCACUUGUUCGGUUGGCUUCUCUGAACAAGCCAGAAAUCCCAGAGAUACUACUAGGCUCUGUAGCGGCUGUGGUUAAUGGAGCCAUCUUACCAAUAUAUGGUUAUCUUCUUUCAACUGUUAUAAAGACCUUCUUUGAACCAGCUCAUGAGCUUCGUAAAGAUUCGAAGUUCUGGGCAUUGAUGGUUUUUGUACUUGGUUUGGCAAGUUUACUAGCCACACCGUUUAGGACCUACUUUUUUGGUGUAGCCGGAUGUAAGCUAAUAAGAAGAAUCCGAUUAAAAUGCUUUGAGAAAGUGGUUCAGAUGGAGAUAAGUUGGUUUGACAAGACGCAAAAUUCAAGCGGUAUAAUUGGGGCGAAGCUGUCUACUGAUGCGGCAUCUGUGAGAGGCUUGGUAGGUGAUAAUCUUUCACUACUUGUUCAAAACUCAGCUACCGCACUUGCUGGUUUAAUCAUCGCAUUCAUGGGGAACUGGCAGUUGGCUUUUAUAGUUUUAAUAUUGAUACCGCUUAUAGGACUUAACGGAUAUCUUCAUUUGAGAUUCGUUAAUGGAUUCAGUGCGGAUACAAAGAGAGUAUACGUGGAAGCGAGUGAAGUUGCAAGUGAUGCAGUAGGAAGCAUUAGAACAGUUGCUUCCUUUUGUGCAGAAGAUAAGGUGAUGAAUAUAUAUGAAAAGAAAUGUGAAGGGCCUCGAAAAGCAGGAAUCAAACAAGGUUUGGUUAGCGGUGUUGCUUUUGGCUCCUCGAUGUUUCUGUUGUUUGUGGUAUACGCAACAAGCUUUUAUGUUGGAGCUCGUUUUGUUGCUGCAGGCAAAACUUCAUUCCCUAAAGUUUUCCAGGUGUUUUUAGGAUUGAGUUUGGCAGCGAUAAGUGUCUCGCAAUCAGGAUCCUUUAUUCCUGACUCUGGGAAAGCCAAGAGUGCGGUUGCCUCAGUUUUCGGUAUUCUAGACCAGAAAUCCAAAAUAGACUAUACCAACGAGUCUGGAACCAUUUUAGAAAACAUAAGGGGGGAUAUCAAGUUUAGUCAUGUAAACUUUAGGUAUCCGUCUAGACCGGACAUUCAGAUCUUCAGGGACCUUUGUUUGGACAUUCCUUCUGGCCAGACGGUAGCUCUUGUUGGAGAAAGUGGAAGUGGAAAGUCGACUGUAGUUUCGUUGCUGCAAAGGUUUUAUGAUGUUGAUUCCGGGCAGAUAAUGGUUGAUGGAGUUGAUAUCAGAAAACUAAAAGUGAAGUGGUUAAGGCAGCAGAUGGGUGUAGUGAGCCAGGAGCCAGUCUUGUUUAACGACACAAUCCGAGCCAAUAUUACAUAUGGGAAGGAAGGCAAUGCCACGGAAGCACAAGUCUUAGAAGCAUCCGAACUAGCAAAUGCACAUAAAUUCAUCAGUGCCUUACACCAGGGUUAUGAUACUAGUGUAGGGGAAAAAGGGAUCCAACUGUCUGGAGGACAAAAGCAAAGAGUGGCAAUAGCAAGAGCGAUUGUGAAGGCUCCAAAGAUAUUGCUACUGGAUGAGGCCACGAGCGCCCUGGACGCCGAAUCUGAGAAAGUGGUGCAAGAUGCACUCGACCGAGUUAUGGUACACAGAACAACACUAGUGGUGGCUCACAGACUAUCUACAAUCCAGGGAGCGGACGUUAUUGCAGUCGUGAAAAAUGGAGUGAUUGUAGAGAAAGGGAAACAUGAGACACUAGUUCACAUCAAAGAUGGCAUAUAUGCCUCUUUAGUUGCUUUACAUGCUAGCACUAAUAAUAAUAAUCUUCAAACUUGAAAGAACUUUCGCAUGCCCUCUCUCUUGCAUAUUGAAGAUCAUUUUAUAAA